GCGACGGGACAGCUAAUGCUUUUAGAGUUGCAGACAGCAAGAGAUUAUGUGCACGGAGCAGGUGUCGCCCCGCAGACGGACAGGCUCAGUGUGUACACCUUUAGAUGGUGGAAAAGAGGCAGCACAUUUGCAUGUUCGGUUUGACCGUAUUUUCACUCUUCGGGAAUAGUAACGCACGAACCAAUGAUCAUGAGUGAGGUGGUUUGCACGAAAUCCCAGGAGGUGUAUGAGGAUGACUUUGAGAAGGAUCUGGACUGGCUGAUCAGUGAGGAAAGUCGGAGUGAGGAGCAAGGACCUAACUAUGAUGACAUUGAAGCGGACAUUGACAAAGAGCUGGCCGAGGAUGAGAAACAACUUAAAGUGAAGGAGAGAAGCAACAACUCUGAUGAGCAAGAGGACGAUGAGGAGAGGUGGCCCUCACCGAUGGACCCACUCGAGUACGAUUUGGACAGAGACAGCCCCGAUAAGUCCUUUCAUGCGACACCACCUCCUUUGGGUGUGGGUGAGCAGACGGACGAGGAAAAGAAAUACAUCCAAGGGAAAAUCCAACAAGCCAACAAGGAGCUGCAGGAUCAAGAAGCUCCAAAUUUGAGCAGGAGGCGGCGACUUCAGUUUAAAGAGACACUGGUUACCUUAGCGGUGCCUCCCUUGCAAUCGGAAAAUGAUGCCAGAGAGGUGGAUGACACAGAGAUGGAAGUGUCAGGGAGGUUGUCUGAACUGAAACUGUCCCCUCGAGAGGAGCAUCAAGGUGGGAUGAGAGAUGAAGGGCCAAAAGAGGGAAGGGUCCUUGUGGAAAAAGAUGGCAGGUUUGACCUCGUCAGCCUCAAAGAGGUGGAGAAUCAAGGCCUUCUCCCUCCAAUCACACUGGAGCACACAAGCAGCUUCAAGAAGAGCCCAACUUCCCUCCCCUCGCCUCACUUGCCCGUCGGAGCUACUUCCGAUCGCCUGCGGGCACCUCACCCUCCGGGAAGGCCAAGCUCGGCCUGCCACAGCCACAGAGGAGGAUACCCCAAUGUAUGGUGCCAGGCCGAGCAGAGGAAGCUGGAGGAAGAUAAGCAGAAAAAGCAGGAGAACGAUUUGGCGUUCAAGGCCUGGCUGCUGAGAAAAAGAGAGCAGCUGCAGCAGGAGAGGAGAAUCCACAGAGCUCAGGAGAUGGAGAGGAUGAAUUUGCAGAAGGGCUCCAGUGAACCGGAGGAGGCUUUCCGUUUGUGGCUGCAGAGGAAACAGGAGCAGCAGCAGCGAGAGAAGCAGCUCGUGCAGCUGAAGAGGUUGGAGGAGGAUGGCGGUUAUCUCCUCCGAAGCCGAGAGGAGUGUGAACGUGCCUUCAAGCUAUGGCUGACCCGAAAGCGGGCGGAAAAGAGGGCGGAGGAACGGGCGGCUCGGGAGCAGUCACGUAGGUUUGUGCUCGAGGAGCGGCGGGCGCGACGCAUGCGUGAUCUGCUGUGCACGGCCAGCGACACCAGGACGUUCAGGUUUACCGAUCAGCUCACUUGUCACUUCUGAAGCGGGUCGACCAACGCCCUUCACUUUCAUUUUCCAGGUUUGGAACGGUCUGCAAUAAGCAACGUACCCCCCCCCCCCCCCCCCCAUUGUUUAUAUUAUCGGGGUUUUCAUAGAAAUACUCAGUGUAAUUUAGACUUUAGCACAGACCAUCUAUUUGCGCAUUUAUUAAAUAUCUAUUGGCUGAAAUCUGUGCCACCAGAAAAUUAAUCUGAAUAAUUCAUAUUUAAAUUUGUAUUUUGAAUUAAUACGUUGAAAAGCUGCAUCUGAAUUUGAAUUCAUUAGUUUGGAACUGGUGGUGCAGCUUAGACCGGUUAGCUUGUCCACGUCACAGUGCAGAGGUCCAGGAUUUUGGCUCCUUCUUGUGUGGAGUUUGGAUGAAUAAAUGCUCAAAUGGCUGUCUUAACGCUGUUCCGUAAUUAUUCAAUAUCCUUAGUAAGGAGGAUGCUAGUGCAUGACACGUGUUUAUGACUCUGGCCUAAUAGUGCAUCUCGUGAUCUCGUGCAGCACAGGAGGUUUGAAAAUCACCAAUAAGACAGUCAUUCUAUACUCGGAUGCAGAAUUGUCUUAUUGAUGAGUAGAAGUGUAGUUUCACACUUGUAGUACUGCAGCAGCCAGGACCAUCUGUAUUUUGAUAAUUCAGUAUUAUGAAAUAUUUUUUGUACUUUAGUUGCUGAGAUGUUCUCAAGAAAGGUGACCUGGCUUGUUAUGGAAAAUUGAA